CAGUAACAUUAAGUCAGAGCGAGGAUCUAGGGCAUGAAAGUGAGACGUCGGCGGGGUCGUCGUGGCGGAAAACCACAUCUGGACCGAAACCUCAGUGAAGAUGAGAUGACAACGCAGACAGAACCGCUUUUGGAGCAGUGUAGACACUCCUCCAACAAGAAAAUGUUAUCUCGGGACUGGAGGCAGGCACUUCGUACUCCACAUGUCUACAGGGUGGGCAAUAGCACCUUUAGGGUGCAAAGCCACUUUGCUGUUUUCAUUUUCUUCCUAUUCUUCAUUGUAUUUUUGUACUAUGGCUAUCCUUUACUAAUAAGCAUUGUCUGUCCAAACCCACCUUCAAAUACUCUACCACCAUGUCAGUACUACUUUUACAACAAAACGUAUCCUCUUACUGCACCAGUCAAACAGUUUACUGGAGUAUCUUAUUCCAUAGCUAUGGUUAGUGAUUUAGAUACUAACUCUAAAACUGUGGAUCAAGUAAAUACAUGGUACAGUUAUUUGAAGAAAGGAAAACUUAUUUGGAUGCCAUCAAGAAAUUUUAUAUCAGUAUCUUGGGAGGAUGCAGCAGUGAUACUUUCCUCAAACUUAGCUAUGAAAGGUAGAGGGAUGGAGCUUUCUGAACUUAUUACUUUUGAUGGCAGAUUGUUAACUGUUGAAGACAGGACAGGGAUGGUUUAUUUUUUUGAGGGAGAUAAAGUUUAUCCAUGGAUCAUAUUGAUGGAUGGCAAUGGCAAAAGCUCUAAAGGUUUCAAAUCUGAAUGGGCAACAGUUAAAGAUGAACAAUUAUACAUAGGAAGUAUGGGUAAGGAGUGGACUACAUCCGGUGGAGAGUUUGUACACAAUAACCCAAUGUGGGUUAAAGUGAUUUCACCUCAUGGAGAAGUUCAUUCCAAAAACUGGAUUUCUAAUUAUAAACGUUUGAGAGAGGCCUUAAAUAUUGAAUUUCCUGGAUAUAUGAUACAUGAAUCUGGAGCUUGGAGUGCUAUUCAUCAUAAAUGGUUUUUUCUACCACGAAGGUGUUCAAAAGAACAAUACAAUGAAACCACAGAUGAAAUGAUGAGCUGUAAUGUUAUGUUGACUGCUGAUGAAUCAUUUGUAAAUAUUCAGGUUACUAGUAUUGGUACUCUUGUACCUGUAAGAGGAUUUUCAAGUUUUAAAUUUUUACCAGGCUCAGAUGAUACAAUAAUCGUUGCCUUGAAGACUGAAGAGUAUCAAGGGGCUACUGCUACCUACAUUACAGCAUUUAACAUCGAUGGCCGAAUUAUUAUGCCAGAUCUUAAAGUAUCUGAUAACAAGUUUGAAGGCCUUGAGUUUGUAUAAUGUUUCUCUAUGAAAUGUAUCUAGGUUUUAGUAAUUUUGUAUAAUGUGUAAAUAAUUGUACAAAACUUAUUUUUACAAUUCACUUGUUCAAAUGUUUACUUUUGUAAAUCUGUAAUGAAACUUGUUCUAUUGCCUAUUAAUAGUGCAACAUUUUAUAUAAUAAUUUUUAAAUUAUUCAUGAAGAGUAGUUGUUUAAAUUAUUUAAUUUAAAAUUAGGCAAUAAAACAAUUUUUCAUAAAGUAGAAUACUUUUUGCUGGUAUGGAGAUUCAAUGCCUGGAAUUUAGUUGUUUACCAUACAUAUGUAAAGCAGAGUGCUUUAAAUAUUAACUGAAUUACGAAGUAAUUAGCCAAACUGAUGAUUCUGUUGAACAGAAAUAAUAGAGAUAGACAAGUGCGUAGGAUUCUUAAUAAACGUAUAUUUUUCUUAACAGUUUUUUUUAAGCGAGAUGUUUUACAACUUUCUCAAGCAAUUGUUUUAAUAGCAAUGAUGGUUAUAAUUGUAAUAUAUAAAAUUUGAAUGAAUAAUCAUGACAUUGCACUUUAUAGAAAAUAAUACGUACACAUUUGUCACAGUUACAUUUGUCGAUGUGACGCACGUUAUAUUUUCAACAAUUUGGACAUGAAUUAAUAGUCAGAAUAGUGUAGAGAUAGUCAGAUUUCAUAAUGUGAUGUUCGAAAACAUUCAAGAUAUAACGUAACUCCGUAACACUCCGUGGUUGUGGCGAAAUUUUUCAUUUCCCAUGACAUUUAACCAAACAGCAGUUACAUUACUUAUUGUUAUUUGUUAUAUGCGAUAAUGAAUGAAUAAUUUUAAUGCGGCUAACUUUGCGUCAAACAUUAAACUAUUUUGUUUGAAUAUCCUUGAUUUAUUUAUUUAGAAUUCUUCUAACGAGAGCCAAACAGGUUUUCUGAACAUAUAUUACAGAGAAUAUUUGAAUUACUAGUUGUCAAGUUUAAAAUUAUCAGUCUAAGCAGCAUGGAAAAUACCAAUAAAGAAAAUUUAUAAAUUAUAUUAACAAACAUUAUAUUGAUCAAGCUUCUUCUGAUGUUGCUCGGUAAUGCUGCUUUGAUAUUUUGUUUUUACUUCAAGUUAAAAUGUUUUGCUCUAGUAUGUAACUUGUUCACGUAUCAACAUGCCAGUCGAAUACUGACCACGUUUUUGCAGUGCAGAACGGAGUAUGUGUCGUUAGAUUUUUGAAAUAAAAAUCUUAUUAAAAACAAACUUUACAUCAGAAUAAAAUAAUUACCUUACUAAAAUUUUUAGAAAUUCCUCGUUCCUCGUGAUUCGAUAAGAUUCAAAAUAUAUUGGAUAUUUUACGACGAGACAUUCUAAAUUAAUGUUAAUUUUACGAAAAAAAAUAAAGUAAAUUGAAACCUGUAAAAUUUGAUUUUCAAACAAGUCAAUCAUUGAAUAUCAAAAGUUAAUUAGAAAACGCCAUCAACAGCUUGAUUAUUCAACCGACAGAUUUGCACUUUCAUUUGACUUUUGGAUCACCGAACGAAAAAACAUGCUAAGAAAGCGAAUCAUGAGAAAGAAGGCAAGAAAAAAGCUUUGCUAUCGUCAGCGAAAUAGUCGAAGUGUGCCCGCGGUCAGCUCUUUUUUAUGUGGAAAGUGUACGCACACGCGCGCACACACACAUAUCGCUGAUAAUAUAGCCGACGCUUCCGCGGCUCUGCCGGCAGUGGCGCCUGAGCGACCGCGUGUGUCGCAUCGUCGCACGCGACUUUCGUGCAAAUAAAAGCUCUCAGGGUCAGGGCUGGUGUAUUUCCAGGCUUGCACGCCGAAGAAAAUCAAUAGAGAUUCCAAGUAGUGAGAGAGAGAAGCAUAACGUACACACACGCGCUCUCACCUUUAAGGGUUAGUCGACCUCGUGCCGCACACCACCACCACCAAUGGCCCUGCUCUGAAUUUGAGCUCUUCUGUGACGCGUACUAUAAUCAACAAAAGGGUUUGUUUUCAAAACUCAGCGUGUUUUACGGCGAGCUUUUUUCUGGGGCCAGUGUGUUGUUCCCUGCGACAAGUGGUUUUCACGUAGUCACAAAUUUUCAAAAUUUUCCUUUUGUGCCGCAAAGAACACGAAGUGACGCUUUUUUCUUUUUUUCUUUUUUUCUUUUUUUCUUUUUUUCUUUUUCGUGCCUCAAUUUGGUCGAUAUUGUAGGAUUACGAUAUUCAAGCUCCCUUAUAUGCGCCAGCAUACGUGUCAGAUACGUUACGUAAAGAUUUCACUGAGCUUGUAGUAUUCGUUUGCUUCUAUCUUUUUUCUCCCUUUUCAAGUAUCGUUAUCUAUGAGUGAAUCUUUGCAGUUGUGGUCCAUUGUCGAGCUUCCGAAUAGCACUGCAUAUAGCCUCGCAUUUAAUUCAUGAGAACGAUAGACUAUAGACUGUAGUGGAGAUAGUCUUUCUAAAACAGAAUCCCCUGUGAUAUACGUUUUGUAUGUUUGAUUACAGUGAAAUAAUUUAGUUUUUCAUCUAACUCUCCUCGUUAAUGUUGUAGCGACAGUAUUUUCUAAAUGGAAUAGAACACUUAGAAAUAGUCUUGCAUACAUUAGCGACCGGCAUUCUAUUGAAGGACGCUCUUGAUAAUGAUCGCACGCGGUUAAGAUAGAUCCCGCUUGGCAGAGUACAAAUACGAUUUCACGAAGCUACGAGAAAUAAAACUUUGAUCUCUUGUCGCCCUUCGUACGAAAAGAACAUUCCGCGCUGCUGGCAUCUUUCUGAAGAAUACAGCUUCAUCUCUGACGUUUAUCUUGCUUUUUUCAUCACUGCGUCAUGAGAAACGAAAACUUGCCGAAUCAAAAAGAACGCGACGUGUAAUCUCGGCGCAAACAAACAAACAAAGGAAAGAAGAGAGUGCACAGCAGCAGCGCGAGCAGACUUGCGCAACUCGGCGGAGGCAAGGAAAGAAAAGUAGCAGAAGCCGCCCGCGCUGCCGCGCGACUCACGCGCACGUGCAACGAAGACAGUCGGAGGAUGAUAGCCGGCGGCAACUAUACGACGGCCCACGCGGUGGCGACUCUGCGACUGCUCACUCAACUCGCAGCCGAACCACCCGAAAUGUACACUCAUAGUUAGUCCAGCUUUGCUUUUAUCACCU